AUGACUCAAUUGUCUAAUAGAAGAGCUGAAUGUAAAAGAUGGACUACGAAAUUGUGUCCAAUUAUGGAAAAGAAGUUGGUGGACUCUUUGAAGCUAGCUAAGUCUUGGGAUGUGAUUGUUGCUAGUGAUACUGUGCUUGAGGUUCAUUCUUCUAAUUCUUUUUAUGUUGAUAUUGAUUGUUUUAGAGAGUCAUACAAGGAAUCUGUUUAUCCAGUACCUUCAAGUGAGAGAUUUGACUUUGAUAGUGUCGGUAGUUCAAUUAUCAAACCUCCUAUAACGAAGAAGCAGCUCGGGCAGAACAAGAAGAAGAGGAUACCUUCUAGGGGUGAGAAUGUGAAGCAAAUCAAGUGUGGGAGGUGCUUGAAAUGUGAGAAUCACAAUAAGAAGACGUGCAAGGCUGCUAUUUGA